GGUACAGUUAUUAUGCCCAUUUUUACAGAUGGUGAAAACUGAGACUGAAAGAGGGUGACCCACUCAGUGUUACACAACCCAUAAGUUUCUGGAGCAGCAAGACCUGAAUUUGGAUCCAGCCCUCUAUGAACUAUGCCAUCUAACUACAGCAUUCCAUGUUGUGUGUAUGUUUGUGGCAAUGUGAAUUUGAUUAAUGUACAAUCAUUCUAAUCAUAAAGUGCAGAUCUACAAGUUAUAGCUUAUGGAUAAACAUAGCAAUUCUCUUCCUUCAACAGGAAAAAAGAGAAAUGUUGGAUCUUGUUGCUUUAGGGUCUUUUCUAGAACUAAUAUUCUGUGAUCCUCUGGAAAUGCCUUAUGUGUCUGAUAGUUACCUAAGAGUUACUCCACCCUUAUGAGGGAGUAGCAAAUUUCCUUCUCCGCCCAAGAGCAGUAAAUGUUAAGUGUACAAGUAUUGCUAUAGCAACUUCUCAGCUGAGCUUGUCUGCCCAGUGGAAAUUCACAAGUAGUAGGUGAGUGAAUGGAUUCACAGAAUCUCCAUUCACCUGAAUAAAAUGCUAGGUUGAAUUUAGGGGGGUUUCCCCCCUUUUCCUUUUUUUUUCCUUUUUCCCAAAGCAGAUUAAAAAAAAGAAAAAAAGAACAAAGAACUUGUCCGCUCAAGGAAGCCUCAUCUUUGUUACUAAGACAAGAAAACUCCAGUCUUUCAGGAGGCAGAGACAGCAGAUAAGACACAGAACAUGGAUGAAAUUUAUAAGACCACCUCCACCGAGAGGAUCCAGCAGUUGGAAAAAGAACUGGAGGUUCAGUUGGCUAAACUUAAGACAGAAAUACAAGAACACGGAGCUCUUAAGAGAUCACCUCACCGGACUUACAGCUCUAUCCGGUUACCAAAGGAUGUUUCUUACUUUAGAAAAGAGAGAGAACUGGCAUUAAGGAAAAGUUUACAGGUGGCUGAAUCAAAGCCCCUUGUUAUUCAAGCAGAUGUCCUGCAGAGGGAGCUAGAAAGCUGUUUAAGGAAAGAGUACACAGUUGAAAACUUACCUUUGCUUCUGCAUCAGUUUUACACAGAGAGAAUCACCCAGUUGGUCCAGAGCAAAUACUUAUACAUGCUAAGGUGGAAGAGAUUCUGCCAGCAUAGCAGCAUCAUGGAACAACUUUAUCCUCUUUACCAGGAGCAAGUUGGCCACAUUAUGCAGGAGUACAAUGAUGCUGUUCAGAGAGCUGAGAGGCUGGCGGUUGCCCGAGAAAACUUACUCACGGGAAAGAUUAAUCCUGGGCACUUGGUAACACAAGAAGAUCUGGUUAUCUAUACCAAGUGGCUAGUGUGUCACCUACAUUCACUUAGAAACAUUCACAGCUACCUGAGGGUGUUACAGUACCUGCCCAUAUCUGACAGGUUGGAAGUAGCUGUACGGGAACACCCUGAGCUGGGCCAAGAAAAUGGAGAUCUAUACACUGGACUUAUAGACUCCGAGUCUCUGUCUGCUGACAACCACUCUUCUGGAUAUCCAACUUCUUCAGUUACCAGCUCUUCAGGGUCGGUCAGAAAAGAAACUACCUCUCUUCUGCCCCACCAUAAAACAGAAGCUGCAGAACUGAAGCCUCAGCUAGAACUCCUUCUGGCUCAUUUCAACAUCUGCUACAACACAGAGAAUCUAAAGAAUUCUGCUGAUGAGAUGGAGCUCUUUUUCCUGGUUGUUCAGAAGUUUCAGAGUAUCUUCCGUGAACAACAGAGAUUGAAAAUAUUCCCAGCCUAUGAUGUCAAGGUGGCUAAAGUUGAACACCAGGAUUUAUUAAAACCCAGCAGAGCCUUAAAAAAGACAGCCAACUGGAUUCCCUUCAUAAAGAUUAAGCCAAAACAUGAUCCGUGGCAGCAGAAGCUUUUGACCAAACUAAAGGAACGAAAUAGAAUCGAUGCAUUGAUGCAACUGUACACCAAGUUUUUGAAGGUUUCCAGUCCACUGCCAGUGAUGGAGGCAUUGCAGGCUCAUGCAUCAGCAACCCUGGAGCCAGCUUCAGGGCUUCAUUCCUUUGUGAAUCCCCAGGGUUUGGACCAGCAUGCCUAUGAUCAAAUCUGGGAGGAAAUUUAUAGCCACAUGAACCUUUACCAGGGAGAAAAUGCUGAGGAGGAAGAUCUUUCCAUGGAAGGCAGUGACAGUGAUGGACCCCAAAUCAGUCUCAGCCAGUAUGCUGGGGGAUCUUUGAGGAAGAAGAAACAAACAGGGUACAGUUACCUUGGGACCCUACAACUGCUAGGAUUGGGUGAAGCUGAUGAGACUGGUGAUAAAAACCCCAUCAUGAUGAGAGGAGCCUAUCUGUCCUUCCUCUAUCUCCGACACUUGAGAAUCAGAGAACUCCAGCAUACCUGCUUAGGAAUUCUGAAUUAUUUCAGAUCUGUCGAGCGAACCUUAACAAUCCACACCUCCGGCCUUACAUCAAAUACAGGGAAUCUAGUCUAUAGUGGUGAAGAUGCCUCUUGGGUAAAUACUGCAAAAGGAGCAGGUUGUGGUGCUGUUCAGGGCCUGGGAUCUCACCACUAUGUGCAUUAUACACCAGCAGACUACAAGGUCCAGAGCACGCAAUUCAUGGAAUUCUCAGACGUGGAGAAUCAGGAUGACUUCUACACUGUGGGAGAUGGAUACAUCCAUGUCCAGGACCAGCAGGGGGCUUACGUGAUGUACGACUGUGCCUUACAAGAUCUGGAGGAACUCGAGAGCCAGCUGCUUCUCCUAGUGAGCCAUUACAUUGAGAGAGAGAAAAGCCACAAAGUGGGCAGCAAAUCCAGGGGCAGCAGCCUCUCAGCAUGGGCCCAUGCAAGCGUGGAUCGAUUUGCAAUACUAUUUGACGUAUGGACUUGGGAAGCUACUCUUCUAGAAAACAAACGCCAGCUCCUUGACAGUUAUUUUGAAGCUUAUCAACAUGUCUUUGAUCAGGAAGAGAGAACUGCCUUGGCACAGGUGAUGACGGACAUCAUGCACCGACGCCCCCGGUUCGAUUUUAGCCACCCUUAUUUCAGGAAGACCUACAGGGAUGAGUGCAUCAGCCUGAGGCUUCAUCUGCAGCUGGUGAGGGACAUAUUCAACAGGCAUAUAGAGUCACAACGGGAAUAUGUCCAAAGAAUAUGGCGAGAUGGUCAGAAAGGUAGUAUCAAUACAUUUGGACUUCCUCCAGACAUAAUUUGCAAGCAACUUAUCUCUAUUAACAAUAGCUGCCCAGCUUUAAAAAGCAUUUACCUGUUGGAGUUCCAUCCUUCCCUCGGCCUGGCCUCCCUCAUCCCUACAGCUCUACAGCACCUUUUCCAAGAGUUUUGCCACAUCUACAGGCCCCACACAGCUCACGGCAUCACCAUUCUGGAGAAACAGGUGCUCCAACUGGCUCUGGACACUUGGCAGUCUGUGAGAAAGCCUGAGUCUCUCUACAGUGCUCAGCUUCAGAAAGACUUAUUUUCAGAUGCAGUGAUGGGAGAUCCCUUUCUCGUAGUUGACAUAGGCAUGCUGGUUCUAGAGUCUGAAGCAGGGGAAGGAAAGAAACAAAGUAGAGAUUCUCAAGCUUUUCUUCUGGAGACCUUCUCCAGACUUUUGGAACUCUUGACUCUCCGCUACCGACUGAUAGAAAUGAGUGUGGAAACUGCACACUUAGCCCGGUUGUACAAGAUAUUUGCCCAAGAGAUGGGCUUUGAUGAAUUCCAUUUGUACUUGAGGCCAGUCUACUUUGAAUUCGCAUCACAUAAGGAGAAGGCAGACCAGCCACCUCCAAUGUUCAUUACAGCUCUGCUGGAAGAUAAUAGACGGGCAGACAGAUAUACUCCCUCUACACUUCAAUUGGCCAUCUCUGAGGUGGAUGAUAAUCAUAUUGGAAAAUUUAGUUUUCACAAAAAAGAAAGCAUUUCUCAGCUCUUGUUCCAUUCAGGAGUGGAAAACAUGCAAGUGACUCUCGCUUGCCAGACUACUCAUAAAAAUGCUCUGAUGGUCACUGCCCAGCAGGCCGCCUUUUGCCACAGCCCACAUUCGCUCUGCCCCGUGGACAGACAGGAAGGAAAUUCUCAUCUGAGGAGCCAUGAUGGGGCAGGUUCAACUCAUAGAUAUGCCAGCCCUGGGAACGGCAGAGAAAGUGCAUCAUUGGCCACAGCCCGCAAAGUCUCAGGCUCACUCAUCCACCCUACCCCAGGAGCCCUGCCUACUAAAAGGACCCCAGAGGCUUUUGUGUCCAUUCAGCUGGAAAAGCUGGGGCUACGUGACAUGAUGCUGAACACCUUCCUCCAAAGAAAGGAGACCAUGAGCAAGCGAGGGAAGAAGGCUGAUGAAAUUGGGAAAGUCAAGCGGGAAGUGAUUGUAGAAUACUGUGAGAAGCUGAAUCAUCGCAUGUCUCAGUACUCUCUCAGGGGGCAGAUCAUUGCCUACUGUAACAGCCUAAGAGCCCUGUUGGAGGAAUUCCCUACCAUCAGAAAUACCUUCUUCAUGGUUGGGCAGCCACAAGAGAGAACGAAAGAGAAGGACUCCAAGGAAAGCAUCCAAGCUAACCCCCAGAAAUUUCAGCCCCGGCCACGAUGCUUGCUGUCUUCAGACGGAAGAACCUUCCUCAAUUUAUGGUUCAUACCCCAUCACUUGGAGGUGCUGAUCAUGUUCAAAACUCUGCCAGAAAAGGAAGCCUGUAGAGCCCUUAAGCUCACUCUGAGGAUUAUAGCCUCCCUGCAUGACAUCGUUGCCUAUCUCUUCAGCUUUGCUAAACUUGGAAGUGGCGAGGAACGUUUUGAUUUUCCUCUAAGUCCCAAACCUCUAAAAGCUGACUGGGGAGGAAUUGAAGGCAUUGGGGCUGAACUUAGAGAUGUGCAAAGAAUGAUAGACAGCCUUCAGAACCCCCAGGAUCCUAACCAAGUGGCCCAGUCACUAAUGACCCGAAGAGAAGUUAUGUUUCUACAGUUUGAUGUGGCGGUGAGACACCUUAUUCGAGGAACAUUUUUGCUCGCUGGAAACGUUUCUGCUUACCAGGCUGUCACAGAUUCCUUGUUCCACGGGUUACAACCAAUGAGCAACAAUCUUGUGAAGUCUGUAUUUGCUUCACAACCCUGUCUUCCCCAGCCAGUUGAUCCAAAGAGCCACCAGGCAUUCGUGCUAUUUCCUUGGAGGGCAUUCCUAUCAGAUGGAGGACCAUUUCCAGUUAUCCUCAGCAGCCCAGACCCCCUAGAAUAUAAUAUGCAGUUAUGCCUGUGUGGACUGAAUGACCAAGAUCGAAAAGUUGCCCACGGGGAGCUGGUGUCCGUGCAGGUAGCGAUGGAGGAUGUGCUCCUGAGCAGCUACGACAGGAUGAUGGAAAAUCCCCAAGGACAGCAUACCUCACGGGAGAAAAACAAGCAGUCCAAAGUGAACAAAAUGGCUGAAUUAAAUGGAAGCCAAUCAUGGGGCAGCCCAAAGACCCCCAGAACACUUGAGAAGCAGCGGGAUCCAUUGGUGGCCUCUGCUUUCCUGAGAUCCUUUCUUAUUAUCUGGAAACAGCUUGAAGAGCUAAAGGAGGCAUGGGGCCGACUCAAACUGAGGGUGGCGGACAUCAACACAGUUGCUCUGUAUCAACAGUUUUUGGAGCUCUAUGGAGCUGAUAUUCUUUACCCUACCAUGAAAACCAUAGCCAGGGAGAUGGGUAAAGAAGAUGAAUUCGAAGGAGUUGUAAUAAGUUGUCGGUCUAUACUUCCUCCCAAAGGAGCUUCAGAAGUUGAAAUCAAAACCCACCAGCUUCAAAAACUUCUGGAAAAUCUAGAAAGCCAUAUGAUCCAUGAGGUGUUAAGAAAAGUUAACAAGGAAAUAGCCUUAGUUAUGUCAGAAAAGACUAAAGAAGACUGUGUCCUCCCUACAGAGCUCUGGAAACACCAAGUUAUGAAAGAAAAUGUGUCCAUUGUAAGGCCACAAAUAGUUGAAAUUUUUAUACAGCGGUUAAUGGAAGGUAACCAAGAGGGUGAGCUCGAGAUCACUUUUAAGAAAGACCACUUAGAGACAUGUCUCCUUUCUCUGGGUUGUGAUGUGAUGGCCAGAGAACGCAGCAACUUCGAGUCUUAUUCCAUGUUUUAUGAAAAUUUGUUGCAGCAGGCCCAUCAGAUGCUCUACCAGAAGGAACAAGAACUAAAUGCUGUAAGAACAGGUCAAAGUCCUCCUGAAGAAAAUAUUCAUCAGGUAGCAGGGUUCGUGCAGGACAUGAUCUUGGAAAUCACUGCUCUCAGAGCCAGACUCACGGAUCUAGAAGGUGAGAGUCUCAACCUCAAGGAAAAGAUAAGAAAAGAAGUCCAAGAGGAAUAUGAAGCAUUAGUUCGAGCCUUAUUUACAACCUGUUUGCACAUCAAAGAGAAAUUGGAUGAGCAUCAGUUUAAAAUGAGACAGAGAGUGUGCGAUCUCAUCAGUGAAGUGAGAAAAGAAGGGGUUGACAGUAUGAUUGAUUUAAAGAAAAAGAUGGGCUUCCGCAAAGUUGUUAAUGGAUCGAAAGAAAACUUAGUCCAAGAGCAGCUUCAAGCCUUACAGGAGGAAAACAGUCGCCUGGAGGAGCUGGUGUGCAAAGUGAAGACCAUAAGCCACUGGAAACUCAGUGUACAGCAGCAGCAGCUCCAGAGACAGCUGAGAAAUGCAGAGAAGGAAGCUACACAAAGUAAAAAAAAAUAUUUGCGAAUCAAGAUAUUGGCAGAACACAAGAGUAUUUUACUACAACAACAAUUACUGACUUUAAGGAAAGCUCUGGCCAGAUCUCAAGCAGGAAAUUUGAAGAUGGAGAAGCAGCUUGACAAGCAGAAACAGAUGUUGAAAGAAUUUGAAUACAAAAUGACCCAUGAAACUCUAAAUAGGCAGAAGUUGGAUGUAAUGAAAACAUCCAGAAUGGAGAAACUCUUGGAAGACAUGGAGAAGAAAGAACAAAGGCUCUGUCUUCUAACAGAGGAAGCAGAAAGGUCUUCUAAGAUGGGCCAACUCCAACAAAAGAAAAUUAAGAAAGAAAUGCAACAGAUAAGAAGUCAGCUUGCCCAAGAACAAAGUCUAAAGUUGGAUGCGUUCCAUCGUGUGGAUGAACUGCAGAGUCAACUUUAUGAUAUAGAAAGCAUAUCAACCCAAAUAAACUCACUGGGAGGUUUAUCAUCAUGGACGAAAUAUACUCGAAGUUCUGUCUCCACUCCAUGCAGAUAUUCCCAGCAAUGGCCUUUAAAGUCUGAUCCUAAAAGCAGUGAAAUGAAAAGGAUUCGAAGGCCAAGGACUGUACCCACUAAAUGCAGAAGAGGAGAGACUUGCUUACCCAAUGUGACCGAUAACUUUCAGCCAGCAGCUUUUCAAAUUCCUACUGCUCAGCAACCAACAUCCCUGCUCUGGCCUACACAAUGGUAGUCACAGCUACUUUU